UGGCAUAAGCGUAAUAAUCCCAUAAAGAGAGGCGCGUUUGUGGAAGACGAUUUUCCAAAAGAUUCUCAUUCGUCUCCAUAGAAAAUUGAAAGAAAAAAACAAAUUUCUGCUCAUAACUGUUCUCUUUCUCUCCCAAUAAGUCCAAACCAAAUCACUUUUUUUUCUUCUUCAAUCCCUGUCUCUCCCUCGCUUCGAUUUCAAUUUCGUAAUCCUAUCAUCUUUGAAAACACAGAGAUAGAGACGGCGAGAGAGAGUUUCUCUUUACAUCUUUUUGGUUUUUUUUUUUCCUCCGUAGAAGCUCCUCGUUCUCGAAUCUCCGGAGCUUCCGUAUCCAGGCAAAAACCCAUUGACUCGAUUCUGGAUCUUCCGUGGAGCUCAAAGGAAGUUUGAGAUAAAGGACAGAUCGUGUUUGAUGGAGGUUCACAGAUGAAUAUUGUUAAGUUGCCUUGAUAGAUGAUAUUUGGUUGAAGAAGUAAUCGGAGAAAGAGAAAAGAUAUGAAGAAGCAUCGGUUUAGAGAGACUCUGAAGUCUUUCUUUGAGCCUCAUUUUGACCAUGAGAAAGGUGAAAUGCUUAAAGGAACAAAAACUGAGAUUGAUGAAAAGGUGAAGAAAAUCUUGGGAAUGGUUGAGAGCGGAGACAUUGACGAAGAUAAAUCUAAAAGACAAGUGGUUUCUGAGUUAGUGAAUGAAUUCUACAGCGAGUACCAGUCUCUAUAUCGCCAGUACGAUGAUCUAACUGGUGAGAUUAGGAAAAAGGUCCACGGGAAAGGAGAAAGCUCUUCUUCCUCGAGCUCAGACUCGGAUUCUGACCAUUCUUCAAAGAGGAUGACCAAGCGAAAUGGAAAAGUAGAGAAAGAUGUAGACUCGGUCACAGGUGGCUUGAAGCAACAAAUCGAAGCUGCCAAUCUUGAAAUUGCUGAUCUGAAAAGGAAGUUGACGACGAGUGUUGAAGAAAAAGGCGCAGUAGAUUCUGAGCUUGAAGUAGCUUUGAUAAAGUUAAAAGAAUCAGAAGAUAUCAUCGACAAUUUGAAACUUGAAACGGAGAAGUUAGAGGGAGAAAAGACAACAGCUCUGAGUGAUCUACAUCAGAAACUAGAAGUUGCUGGCAAAACAGAGAUUGAUCUGAGCCAGAAGUUGGAAGAUAUGAAAAAAGAGAGAGAUCUACUGCAAACUGAGAGAGACGAUGGUAUCAAAAGGUUUGAAGAAGCUGAAAAGCUUGCAGAAGAUUGGAAAACAGCGAGUGAUCAGCUCAAAGAUGAAGCUGCUAAUUUCAAGCAGCAGCUAGAAACAUCAGAGCAGCGAGUUCUGGAUCUGACGCAUGGUAUGAAGAGUGCAGAGGAAGAGAACAAGUCUCUAUCCUUGAAAGUUUCGGAGAUUUCAGGUGAGAUUCAACAGGCACAGAACAGCAUGCAAGAAGUCAUUUCCGAAUUAGGAGAGAUGAAAGAAAAAUACAAGGAAAAAGAGAGUGAGCAUUCUAACCUGGUGGAGUUGCAUGAGACCCAUGAGAAAGAAUCAUCGAGUCGUGCGAAAGAAUUAGAAGCACAAGUAGAAUCAUCAGGAAAAUUGGUUGCAGAUUUGAACCAAAGCCUGAAUACUGCAGAGGAAGAGAAAAAACUGCUCUCUAACGAGAUCCAACAGGCGCAGAACACCAUACAAGAACUCAUGUCUGACUGUGGACAGUUGAAAGAGAGCCACAGUGUGAAAGAAAGAGAAUUUUUGGGUUUGAGGGACAUCCACGAGACUCAUCAGAGAGAAUCAUCCACUCGAACGAGUGAACUAGAAGCUCAACUGGAAUCCUCAGAAAAGCGGGUCUCAGAUUUGAGUGUGAGUCUGAAUGUUGCAGAGGAAGAAAACAAAGCUAUCUCCUCUAAAAAUGUGGAAACUCUGGACAAGCUCGAACAGGCGCAGAACACAAUACAUGAACUCAUGGCUGAAUUGGAGGAGCUAAAAGACCGACACAAAGAGAAAGAGAGUGAGCUCUCUAAUUUGGUAGAAGUACACGAAGCACAUCAGAGAGAUUCAACAAGUCGAGUGAAAGAAUUAGUAGAAGUUGUGGAAUCCGCAGAGCAACAGGUUGCAGAAAUGAAACAGAGUUUGAACAGUGCAGAGGAAGAGAAAAAACUGCUCUCUCAGAGAAUUUCAGAAAUCUCUACCGAGAUUCAAGAGGCACAAAACACCAUACAAAAACUCAUGUCUGAGUCUGGAAAGUUGAAAGAGAGCCACGGUGAGAAAGAGAGAGAACUUUCUGGUUUGAGGGACAUCCACGAGACUCAUCAAAGAGAAUCAUCCACCCGAGUGAGUGAAUUAGAAGCUCUACUAGAAUCAUCAGAACAGCGCGUCUCAGAUGUGAGUGUGAAUCUGAAGGCUGCAGAGGAAGAAAACAAAGCUAUUUCCUCGAAAAUUUUGGAAACUACAGACAAGCUCGAACAGGCACAGAACACCAUACAAGAACUCAUCACCGAAUUGGGAGAGAUGAAAGAAAGAUACCAGGAAAAGGAGACUGAGCAUUCUAGUUUGGUGGAGUUACAUGAGACCCAUGUAAGAGAUUCAGCGAGUCAUGUGAAAGAGUUAGAAGCGCAAGUGGAAUCAUCAGGGCAAUUGGUUGCAGAUUUGAACGAAAGCCUGAAAAAUGCAGAGGAAGAGAAAAAGCUGUUAUCUCAGAAAAUCUCAGAGAUCUCAAACGAGAUUCAAGAGGCUCAAAACACCAUACAAGAACUCGUGUCUGAGUCUGAACAGUUGAAAGAGAGCCACAGUGUGAAAGACAGAGAAUUUUCUGGUUUGAGGGACAUCCACGAGACUCAUCAGAGAGAAUCAUCCACUCGUACGAGUGAGUUAGAAGCUCAACUGAAAUCAUCUGAACAGCGGGUCUCAGAUUUGAGUGCGAGUCUGACUGCUGCAGAGGAAGAAAGCAAGUCCAUGUCCUCGAAGAUCUUGGAAACUACGGACGAGCUCAAACAGGCGCAGAACACGGUCCAAGAACUAAUGGCUGAACUGGCAGAGUCGAAAGAUACACGCAUACAAAAAGAGAGUGAGCUUUCAAGUUUGGUGGAGGUACACGAGGCUCAUAAGAGAGAUUCAUCGAGUCAGGUGAAAGAAUUAGAAGCGCUGGUUGAAUCAGCAGAGCAACGAGUUAAAGAUUUGAACGAGAGCCUGAACAGUGCAGAGGAAAAGAAGAAAUUGUUAUCUCAGCAAAUUUCAGAAAUGGCGAAUGAGAUCAAGCAGGCAGAGAACACCAUACAGGAACUCCUGUCUGAGUCUGGACAGCUAAAAGAGAGCCACACUGAGAAAGACAAGGAAAUUUUCAGUUUGAGGGAUAUCCAUGAGACUCAUCAGAGAGAAUCAUCCACUCUUCUAAGUGAUUUAGAAGCGCAGCUGAAGUCAUCUGAACAGCGGGUUUCUGAUUUGAGCGAAAGUCUGAAGAUCGCAGAGGAAGAAAACAAAACCAUGUCCACUAAAAUAUCAGAAACUUCAGGCGAGCUCGAAAAGGUACAGAUCAUGUUACAGGAACUCACAGCUGAGUCAAGCAAUCUGAAGGAGCAGCUCGCUGAGAAAGAAGGAGAACUUUUACAUCUGACAGAGAAGGAAAGCAAAUCACAGGUGCAAAUAAAAGAACUAGAAGCAACAGUAACGACCCUUGAGCUAGAACUAGAGUCACUUCGUGCCCGUACAAUAGAUCUUGAGACAGAGAUUGCAGGCAAGACCACUGAAAUUGAGCAACUGGAAGCGGAAAACAGAGAAAUGGUUGCUAGAAUCUCGGAACUUGAGAAGACAAUGGAAGAGAGAGGAACUGAACUCUCUGCUUUAACCCAAGAACUCGAGGAUAAGGAGAAGCAAUCAUCGUCCACAACUGAGAGUUUGACAGCUGAGGUCGAUGACCUACGAGCAGGACUAGAUGCAAUGUCUGCUCAAAAGGAAGAGUUGGAGAAACUACUGGUGAGCAAAGGCGAUGAAGCUUCGAUGGAGAUUAAGGGUUUGGCAGAUGAGAUCAAUGGUCUGAGCCAGCAAGUGGUCUCACUUGAGAGCCAGAAAGCAGAACUUGAAAUCCAACUUGAGAAGAAGUCCGAGGAGAUCUCUGAAUAUACGAGUCAGAUUACAGAUCUAAAAGAGGAGAUCACAAACAAGGUCAAAGAUCACGAGAAUAUUGUAGAAGAAAGAAAUGGCUUAUCUGAGAAAAUAAAGGGUCUUGAAGUUGAGAUAGAGACUCUACAGAAACAGAGAAGUGAGCUCGACGAGGAGCUGAGAACGAAAACAGAAGAGAACGUUCAAAUGCGCGAUAAGAUCAACCAAGCGUCUACUGAAACAAUAGCCUUGACAGAACAGAUUAACAAUCUGCAGCAGGAGCUUGAUUCUCUACAGGUCAAGAAGAGCGAAACCGAAGCAGAGCUUGAUAGAGAGAAGCAAGAGAAAUCAGAAUUGUCGAAUCAGAUCAUCGAUGUCAAAAGGGCAUUGAUAGAGCAAGAAGCAGCUUACAAUACGCUGGGAGAGGAACACAAACAGAUUAACCAACUGUUCAAAGAGCGUGAUGAAGCACUCAAUAAGCUAACAGAUGAUCACAAAGAAGCCCAGAGAUUGCUGGAGGAGACAGGUAAUGAAGUAACAUCUAGAGAUUCUGCAAUCGCAGGUCAGGAAGAGACGAUGGAGAGUUUACGUAACGAGCUGGAAAUGAAAGGAGAGGAGAUAGAAACUCUCAUGGAGAAGAUCAGUAACAUCGAGGUUAAGCUACGUUUGUCGAACCAGAAACUGAGGGUGACCGAACAGGUACUAACGGAGAAAGAAGAAGCUUUCAAGAGAGAAGAAGCUAAGCACUUAGAGGAGCAAGCGUUGCUUGAGAGAAGUCUCACAGUGACACACGAGACUUAUCGAGGUAUGAUAAAGGAGAUAGCAGAGAAAGUGAACAAAACAGUAGAUGGGUUUCAAUCAAUGUCGGAAAAACUCACGGAGAAACAGGGAAAGUAUGAGAAAACGGUAAUGGAGGCUUCGAAAAUACUGUGGACUGCGACGAAUUGGAUUAUAGAGAGGAACCACGAGAAGGAGAAGAUGGAGAAAGAGAUGGAGAAGAAAGAGGAGGAAAUAAAGAAGCUUGGAGAGAAAGUAAGAGAAGGUGAAAAGGAGAAGGAGACAAUGAAUGAGUCUUUGAUGGGACUUGGAGAAGAAAAAAGGGAAGCGAUAAGGCAAUUAUGUGUGUGGAUCGAUCACCACAGAGGUCGUUGUGAAUAUCUUGAGGAGGUUUUGUCAAAGACUGUUGUGGCUCGAGGCCAAAGACAGUCGCAGCGAGCGUAAGACUCGGAUACAGUACGGUACGCUUGCUUUUAUUCCCCACCUCACACAUCAAUGCAAGCAAUAUAUAUCUGUGGUUGGGUUUUGGUAUAUCAAGAAGCUGUCGGGUACUUAAUGUGUAUUUUGUGUUGGUGCAAUUUUGUUGCAUUUUUGUUUGUGUUGUUGUUUUUAAGUCAAAUUGGUUUAUUUGUGGGCAAAGGUUUGGUGGUGGAAAUAAAUGAACUUUGUGAUAUUGUUUUUGAAGGGUGGGAAUGUAUAGAACGAUUAAUGUUGUCGGUAUAGUAUUUUUGGUUGUAUGGUAUUUGUCAUAUAUCAUAUAUGUAUCAUUUUGGAAAAUAUAUCAUACACAUCGCUUAAUAUAAAU